AUGGCCGCGAUGCGAGGUCCUCGCCUCCAAGUCGGAUCCGCGCCAUGGAUUACCGAAGAACGCUCGUCGGCCCUCCAGAUUGUUCAGUCAGAAGUCGAAGAGUUUUCUUUCUCAGCGCGAAAUGAAAUGGAGUGGCUGAAUGAGCAUAUGGCUGGUAUCUUUGACGAAAACGAAACGAACUUUGCCGAUGCCUUCAAAACCCCAGGGAAGCUACGUGGCAAGACACCGCGCACAAUUCGAAAAGCCGUCGCGCCGGGUGAUGCCAGAGUGCCGCUUUCCGAUGUUUUUACCACGACACCGAAUGCCGCGCCUCCGCAGCAUAUCAACAAGCUACUCUCUCCAAAAGGCAUCGGCCGAUCACCGAAACUCUUGGCGGCGGCGGCAAAGCCCAUGCCCCAGUCACAGUCUACUCAAGAUUCCGGCUACUACGGCAGUCAGGAUAUCGUUGACUCGGCUCCCCCCGUCUUCGAUGAUUUAGAAAGCAGCUCGCAAAAGCCCAGGGGGGUCCACAAUACGAACGUUUCGACAAAACACAUACAAUCUCAAGCAGCUUUCGCAGCCGUAUCCGAUAAGACGUUCCAGACUGCCAGAGAGGAACAGUCACAGCACUUCCCAAAGCAGACCGUCUUCUCUGAUGCUGAAGCUUCACCGAUGCGUCACAAUCUCGCCAAACAUGUCCAGUCGUCAUCGCCCUGGAAGCAGUCGCCACUGAAAUCUCCCAUCAUCCACUCGGAUUUGACUGACGUGGCCGAUGAAAACGACGAGCCAGACACACCCUCGGAAGCUUCUAGCCCCAUUCGACAAGUGGUGCGUAAGAGCAGCCUGAAUUUUGCAUCGCUUCCGGCCCGAGAACCGCUAGCCGCUGGCAAAAGUGUUGGAAGAGUCUCGCAUGUUAGCCACUUGGAGAAAUCUAGUGCAGGCAAAAGCCUCGGCCAUGCCGCGAAAGAUGCCUCUCCAGAACGCGACAGUGACAGUGAGAUGGAUGUGGAUGAAGAAGAAGAGGAGCCAGUCAAACCAAUUGUCGGUGACGCACUUAGCCACACGAAGACAUACACACAACGGCUCCAGGACCAGAUCAAUCAGCUCGGGAAGUCAAACGGCGGGACGUUGGGACAAGCUCGCUCAUAUCCCAAUGUUUCGUCCGUCAAGCAGAGUGCGCUGCCGGUGUCACAAUCGGACCCGAGCAUGGCAGCUUCUCCAACGCGCAACCCAAGCAUCAGCAAAGUGCUUCAAACGACACCAGGCGCCUUUCCUGAAGAGGAAGACGACGAUGACUGGAUUGAGCCCCCGAGCGCAGCCCCCGGGACGGAGACACGCCCUCCAUUUCCUAAGAGCUAUUCUGCGGACGUCAUGGAGGGCAUACAAGGAAAGGGCACGAUUGGCCAGCCAGAAUUUGCUGCAAAAACGGAUUAUGCCACUCGCUUGCAAACUCAUGGCAAGUCUGCAUCUGUCUCAACACUUCCUAGCAUGGUAUCCAAUGCUAAGGGUGAGUUGACUCUCACCAAAUCCACAUCGGUAUCUCACGGGCUGGAUACUGUCGUAGAAUCUCAAGGCCUUGAGACACCAUCUGGGUCACCGUCACGAUUGUUCCGUGAUAGCCCGCUCAAGCAGAUGAAGAGCAAGCUGUCGUCUAUCUUGAAAGGCUCGAGAAGUCUUCUGGCGAGCAGUGCUGCAAUAAGCGCAGAGGGGAAGUCCUCGUUGCUGUCGUCUUCUACAGCUCAGUUCGGAAUGCAUCCGUCUCCCUCCACUUCUUCAUUCGCUCCCAAGACUAGGGUUGCUUCCGACGCGUCACAUAAAACAACAGGCUCCUUGAGCCCCGCGAAGACGCGUCGUACGCGAGCUUCCACAGAACGCGAGCGGGAGGACAAGCGCCGAGAAAAAGAGGCGCGGCUCAUGGCCGAGCAAAUGGACAGGCUGGACAAGGCGCGUGAAAAGGAGCGAGAGAAAGCCCGGGUUUUUAGCAAGGAACAGGAGCGAAUUGCUGCCAUGGAGAAGGAGAUUGCCGCGAAGAAGCAAGAGGAACAAAUGCACGCAAAACAGACGCCCAAGGCUCGCAGCAGCCCUCGCAGAGCAAAAUCUGACGACGACGAACAGAAGACAAUUUCCCAGGAUGUGGAUAUGAGCGAAGCGCCACAAAUUGCACCACCAUCGGUUGCUAGAACAGCAAGCACCACGCACUCCCUACGAAACCGAGACGUGAAGCGACCGCUAAAACCGACCAAGGAAGAUCUGAAGGCGAAGCAAGCCCCCACAGUCAUUCGCGUCAAGCCCGGAUCUCAGCACUCGCAAUUCCACCAGGCGGGCAGACAGUCAACAAAUCCACUGGAGGCUGCUAGCCUGCCCAGCUCGCAACAUCAGCUGAGCGUCAAAGCGAGCAAAGCGUCUCUACACAGCAAGGCAUCAUCACAGAGCCUCAAGUCAAGCACCAACACGCGCCCGAAAGCCGCGGAGACCGCUGCCAAGAAGAAAGAAGCAGAAGAGCGAGAGGCACAAAAACGCCGGGAUGCAAAGGCCGAAGCAGAGCGCAAGCGUGCUGCUUCUCAAGAAGAGCAGCGCCGCCAGGAGCAACAGCGACGGGCCGAUGCAGAGCGCCAGAAAAAGGAGAAGGACUUGGCGGAAGAGCGCAAGAUGGCACAGCGACAGGCAGCCUUGGAAAAGGCAAAGAAAACGAAGGCGCCUCCUCCAGUCGCCCGAUCUCAGCCAAAUGGCCCCCCCGACUUCACGCUCAGCCAGCAGCAAAAGAUGGAGGCCCAAGGGAACAGACCUCCCUCCCGCAUGAUGGCAGGACCUCAGCGACAACAGGCCGAGUCGACCUUGAGCAAAGCCGGAACAAAGCGCCCCGUCGGGCACGAGAGCAAUGAAGACACGCAGGACCGUCGGCCGCCGACUCGUGCAGGACCGGCAUAUCAAGGAAAAGAUGCCAAAAGGCGCCGCACUAGCGAGGCCGUCCAAGAUGAUGCUGAAGGCGGCAGCCUCUCCAUCAAAGGCCAUGCUGUGCGACCAUCUCCCGGCUUUAAGAAGGACGUGCCGCCGAAGUCGCUUUUCCAAAAUGGCUACUCAAAUGCACCGCCGAGUUCAGUUCAUGAUUUGUUCAAGGCUUCGGUGACGCAUCAGCUCCAAAGCAAGGCUACUCGCCCUGUGGACAUGGCGCAGAUAUCUAAGGGGAACAUCCCGUUCGCGCCGAACGCCAACGCUGCUGGUCCUGCUUUCAAGACGCCCGCGCGUCCUGGCCCUUAUCUUGCAGCCAAGUCGGCAGCGAAAUCCGUGCCUCGCUCUUCUCCCCAGUUCCAGAACGGAGAAGCUAUCGACUUGCCUGAAAUCGAUACUGACGAUGAAGAUGAGGAGGAUGAUCCUGGCAUCAACAACAUUGCAACUUGGGCAGCGUCUCCUGAUCUUCGCGCGGCUCUGAUGCGGCAAGAAACAAUGGACCCGUCGCAGAUCUUCGGACCGCCAGCACCGCUGAACAUGGAAGAAGUAUUCAGUAAGAGCAAAGACAGAUGGCACAAAUUUCGCGCCAGAACAUCGAGUGCCAAUUGGAGUGGGCCAGAUGGGUUGACGGAGGACGAUAUUCGCAAGGACAUGGCGGCAAGAGAGAAACUCAGGCGGGAGGGAGGCUGGUCGUAUGAAAUGAGCAAAGAUGUGUUGUGA